UGUGCUCUCAGUUUUCUUAACCUAACCUCAAAACUUCACGUCGCGGUACCGCGCGAACGUGCACAAGCCCGCGUUUGUUAUGGAUCACCGAUUCAAAAACGAGAGGUAAAUUAUCUUCCCGAACGAAUUUUCAAGCGGACGAAAACAAUGGGUGCCGAGGGCAAGGUCGAGCGAAGAUUGUUGCUGAUCUACUGUUCCUUCACCUGUAUCUAUUUGACCAAUAUUCUGGCGAUAAUGAAAUUCAGCGACAAGCUGCACAUAGUCGGGAGGUACACGUUCCUGUCCGUGCUGUGGGUGCUGAUAUUCGCCGAGGUGGUGAAGCUGGUGUUUCCGAUGCUUCAGCCAGAAGCGCCCACCAUAAUCAAGGUCGAGCCGCGAAGGGCCAAGAAGUCCUGGGGCAAUCUGAGGGAGAUCUUCAAGUUCCUGCUCGCUGCGCUCGCACUGUCGUUGGUCUAUUACGUGAUCAUCGUGUUGUUCGGCGCACCGGUGCUGACCGAUCACGAGGAGACGACGAUGCUCGUGCUCACACUGGUCACGUUGACCUUCAUCCCUACAAGCUUGCACUUGGGAGUGGACGGUGCGCUGGACAUGCUGAUGGGAAUUUACUCCCAAAAAGGCGGCAUCCUGGCGGACGCUUUGAGGCUCAAUAUACAGCUGACGAUACUGGGCACCUGGCUGGGUGCUACCGUGAUCCCUCUGGACUGGGAUCGCUACUGGCAGGCUUGGCCGAUUCCUUGUGUGAUUGGCGCGCUGCUCGGCUAUCUGACUGCACACUUCGUCACUCUUCUCAAGAUGCUUUCUGUCUUUAGCACACUUGGAAAAAGUUUGUCAUUACCGUUUUUCUCGAAGUGACAAGAACGUUGAGAGUCGCGGUGGUCGACUUGUGCGACAAUAUAAAAGAGGAGUGACAUAAGUUCGCGCCCAUUUCUCCGGUAACGCGUCGAUUGUUCGAGAG